AUGACCGGGUUGGAUGAUGGUUGGAACCUUGUCAAACUCAAUGGAGACCGGAAUGGUCACGUUGAGAAUGAUAAUAGUGAUCCGAUCAGCUCAAAGUCGCAGCUCUCCAUAGAUAUCAUAUCUGACGAGUCGAAUGUUGAUGAUGAUAUUCUAUCGAAUACCAGUAGUGACGAGUAUGCCGAGUUAUCGCAUUGUUUGAGAUCAAGGAACGUUAAUAUGCACUCCAGUCGUUACCUCGAGGGGUCGUACGACACUUUGACCGGAUCGACUGCUAGCCAUGGUGGCUUAGGUGAUCAACCGGAGGUGAAAGCUGAAAAUUCUGGCAUGAGGGGUUUCUUGACGCAUGCUUUCGUGAAAGGGAGGGAGAAAGGUCACAGUUUAAGGUGGAAAAAAUUAUGGGAUUCCGGCUGGUUUUCGAACAACACACUGAAACUUUGGCAUGUAGUCACAAUCUCCUCUCUUUUGUCAAUGUUCGUGUUUAUAGGGAUUCAGAGUUAUUCUCCUUCAUUUUUCAAUAGCUUGGCUAAGAAUGGGCCUUCGGUGACUUACGGCACACACUAUAAUGAUAACGCGCACAGCAAUCAAUUGGUUUAUGGGAACAUAAAUUUCGUGAACCACCAAGAUUCAAAUCAGCUUUCCUGGAGGCCUACAGGAAAAUACUACGUAGAUUUCGAUAAUCAUAUUGCUUAUCCGAUAACGGAGAAUGACCUGAUAGGCUUGCAAAAAUAUAAAACAGAUGUUUUAAUUCUGUGGCAUACGGCGAGGGUUAGAUGGGGAAAAUUCUUGAACGCAAACCUCAUACCGUCCAGCAAAAACCUGUACAGGAAGUUUAUCAGAUUUUUCAUUGAAGAUGCUAAUAAAUUGGCAAAUUUUUUCCAUAGUUUUCAAAUCAGUUUACGGAAUAGCUGCAACUCUUUUCUGCCCAGGAUUAGGUGCAGGAGUGACAGAAUUUUGAAUAUCCUCCAAAGAUUUUCUCAGAACAUUUCAAGGAAAUGUCAACUGGAAUAUCAAAGUUUAAAAGUUCAGGCCUCUCCUAGCCCUGAAGCUAAGCGAAAUUUCAAGAAGUUGUUUCAGUUACACUUUUUAGUUAAAAAAGGAAGAUUGUUAAAGAAAAAAUCCCACUGUCUGUUGCGCAAAAUCAAUUCUAAAAUGAUUCCCCUUCACAAGGUGUUGAAGAAGGGCAGAAGGGCGGUUAGUACCAAAUAUAAACAGAGCUGUGCUCCUUUGUUGAGCAAAAAUUGGAAUCGUACCUCGAUGGCCUCAAAAAAAUUUUUUAAUGGCAUUGUGCAAUCAUUCGAUAAUGAUCUAAAAACUUUGCAUAGACAUUUGGAUUCAAUUUUCAAGCAAAGAUUUUAUUCACAUUUCAAGAAACAGUGGACUAAGGAGAAGCCUAAAGUUGAACAUUUUUUGCAAAGGCGUUUGAGCGAACUUGGAUUCUACAAGAGUGGUGUUUUUGACCAGAGCAUCUCAAAUAUGAGAAAUUUUACGGCACGGAUAUUUAAAAAGUAUGUUACUAAUUAA